AUGGCAAAUAUUAAGUCUAAUGCUACGAGUACGUACAAGCAGCGAACGGCCACGGAUAUACGUACACCCACCACACACUCGGCAUUACCCCCCGGCAUUCAGCGAAUCACUGGUGCCGAAAACGCCAGCAGGCCAGUCGACACCCAAAUCUCGGUCUCUCCCUUCCCUUUCCUCUCUCGCUACCCGCCCUUUCUAAGCAAGAGUCACCACUGCCAGCUAUUCGCGAGUACGUUAGUUACAGGAUUACAGUACAGUCUGUUUGACUAG